AUGUCAGCUCGAAGCAAGACCAAAGGUUCGUCACGUCGGCCUUUGGUUCCAUCAAACAAAUUUUCGCCCAUCAAUAUCUUGACAGUCUCAUCUUCAUUUCUGACACUCGCUGCGCUUAUAUGGGCAAUUAUGAUCAAAGACGGAGCGGCAGUCCUUGCGUUAAUCGGGAUGUCUGCUGCUUCCACUCUGGUUGGAUUCGCUUCCCACUGGAGCCCACAACUAGCUUCUCGCCCAACGGACGUACCAGUGCCCAAAGGGGACAUUGCAAUUCGCACACGCGACGGAGCUUUCAUCAUUGUCCAGUGCAGUGAAGAAAUUGCCCGAGAGCUAUAUAUUGGUCCCGAGGAAUGCGACUACUUGGUCAGUGAUCAGUGGUUUAGGGUGUUGGUCGGCAUUGGUACUUUGCUCGUCAUCCUUUCGGUCCUCCUUCUGGGGAACUGCAACUGGACUAUGCAAGCCGUGAUCGCGAUCCUAUACAUUAUCCUUAAUGCAUUUUAUUGGGUCGCGUCCUUAUUUCCAGAAAGGGCCCUUUGGGACCUGUCACGGUACGACUGCCAAGAUGUGACGCCAGAGCACAUGAGAAAUGCGCAAACAAAUACUGAAGGCGGCUCAUCACCGAGCUUUACCCGAACACUAUGGUUUGCAAUCCAGGCCACCCAAGCAAUAGAAUGGGUCACGAUCAGUGGCGCGGCUCCGAAAACGGCAGAAUGGGAGAAGUGGCUGAAGUUGGCUGAGGUUAACUGUAAGAAUAAAGAUUGGGACGCUAUUGGUGAGAAGAAUCGCUUAAUGGGCGAAACGAGCUUGAAGGUAGGCUCACUACAGCUUUCCGAAGAGGCACAGGGUGCACCAGCUACUCUUCCUGUUCGGAAAGAAACUGUUUGA